GCGUGAGUCCCCACCUCCCGACCCCUCCUCCUCCCGCUGGAAGGGGAAAUAUGAAGCGGAGCCGCCGCCGCGCUUCGUGGAUACGGGUGACGACGCGGCGACCGGAGCCCGAGCUCACGAGCGAGGAACGUGUUUCCAAAGGACAGGCGGUGUGUCCCGGCCGCGCUGCCGCCCCUCCAGCCUCUCGUCCCCUAGUGCCGGCCAUGGGCUGCCCGGCACGGCGCUGAGCGCGGCACGGCCCCGGCACGGAGCGCGGAGAUGUCCGUCCCGUACGGCAGCCUGAUGCGGUACCUGUUCCCGGCCCUGCUGCUGCACGGGCUGGGAGAAGGUUCUGCUCUUCUUCAUCCAGACAGCAGGUCCCACCCCCGCUCCUUAGAGAAGAGUGCAUGGAGGGCUUUCAAGGAGUCACAGUGUCAUCACAUGCUGAAACACCUCCACAAUGGGGCCCGCAUCACUGUGCAAAUGCCUCCCAAUAUAGAAGGACACUGGGUCUCUACUGGCUGUGAAGUCAGAGCAGGCCCAGAGUUCAUCACAAGAUCUUACAGAUUCUAUCACAAUAAUACAUUCAAAGCAUAUCAGUUUUACUAUGGUGGCAAUCGCUGCACUAACCCUAUCUACACAUUAGUUAUACGUGGCAAAAUUCGCCUUCGCCAAGCAUCCUGGAUCAUCCGAGGGGGUACUGAAGCAGAUUAUCAGCUGCGCAACAUACAGAUCAUAAGCCACAACGAAGCAGUAGCCAAAAAAUUAAGUGAGUUGGUCAACAAUACAUGUCCUGGAUUUAUACCAGAAGAUAGUCCCUGGGAGCAGGAUGUGAGCUAUGAUUUGCUCAGAGAAGAGAGCGGAUGUGAAUGCACCAAGGCUCUGAAUUUUGCCAUGCAUGAACUCCAGCUGAUCCGCGUGGAGAAGCAGUAUCUGCAUCACAAUUUAGAUCACCUCGUGGAGGAGCUAUUUCUUGGAGACAUUCAUACUGAUGCUACCCAGAGGAGGUACUACCGACCCUCCAGUUACCAACCUCCUCUUCAAAAUGCCAAGAACCAUGACCGCACGUGCAUUGCGUGCAGAAUCAUCUACCGCUCAGAUGAGCACCACCCACCCAUCCUGCCCCCCAAGGCUGACCUGACCAUCGGGCUGCAUGGCGAGUGGGUGAGCCAGCGCUGUGAGGUGCGGCCGGAGGUUCUCUUCCUCACGCGGCACUUCAUCUUCCAUGACAACAACAACACCUGGGAGGGACACUACUACCACUACUCCGACCCCAUCUGCAAGCAUCCCACCUUCACCAUCUAUGCCAAGGGCCGUUACAGCCGAGGAGUGCACUCUGCCAAAGUGAUGGGCGGAACAGAGUUUGUGUUCAAAGUGAACCACAUGAAAGUCACACCAAUGGACGUGUCCACGGCCUCUCUGCUCAACGUCUUCAAUGGGAACGAGUGCGGAGCGCAGGGCUCCUGGCAAGUCGGGGUGCAGCAAGAUGUCACCCACACCAAUGGCUGCAUCGCGCUUGGCAUCCGCCUGCCUCACACCGAGUAUGAAAUCUUCAAGAUGGAGCAGGAUGCCAGGGGCAGGUACUUGUUGUACAACGGCCAGCGACCCAGUGAUGGGUCCAGCCCCGACCGACCGGAAAAGAGAGCUACAUCCUACCAGAUGCCUUUAAUUCAGUGUGCUUCGUCCGUACCCAGAUCUGAAGAGUCACCAGAGGAGAAUAAAAUACGGCUGUAUAGCAGCAGGGCUCCAGCAAAACAUCCCAGUGCCUCAGCUCUUGCUUUGGUGUUGUUUAUUUGUACUGUGUCAUAUUGGGACAUUCUCAGCUAGAAGUGAAAAAACUAUUUUUCAUGACUACAAAGCCAGGAUUCCACAGACUGAGGGUUGUUUUUCUUCAGAAAGAAAGGGACGUUUAUUUUCUUGAUGCACUUGAAUGCCUGAGAACUGUUGUUCUUUUCCUUAUUUCCCCCCCUCCUCGAAUCACGAACGGCACUCGUUUGAUGUUUGUGCUUUGAACUUCAUCCAGUCUGAUCCCUGGCCUGACAUGACUGCACAAAAGUAAUUGCACUUUAGGACUGCAGACUUCUGGGGGGCGGGAGGGGGUCUCCUUUUAUUUUUUAUUGUUUUUUAACUGCUGGGGUGAACGUUGUGAUCCUGCUCCGUCAUCUCUGCCAUUUUACCAUUGUGGUACUGCUCUGCCCAACACUCGGUUUCUCAUCAGAAUUUAACCCCACAGAACAAACAGGUGACAGUGGUUUCCUCUUGGCUUCAGGAUUCUGGUAGAGAUGUGUGUAUAUAGGAUGGAAACCCACAUGGAUCUACUUGGUCAUGAUCUCACCGCUCAACACAGAAAGAAACAGCAAGUCAACAGCACUCCGCUGAGAUAGUGCUAAAUGGUCGAUAUCUCCAAUUAAAAGAUAUUCCAAGUAAUAUAAACGGUUUUACAGUCAUCAAAUUGUCAAAAUAACCAGUGGUUUAAUAUUUUCUCAUUCAAUUUCGUUACCUGUGUAAUUGCUUCAACACUUUCUUAUGCAUCUAGCAAGUGAUUACAACCAAGUCCCCUUAAAGACAGACAGAAGCAGCAUUUUUCUGUCAGAUAUACACAGCACAGGUAAGUUGCUGAUAUAAGUCUUCAGUGACGUGCCCUGCUGCCAUAUUCAUGAGGCCUUAUAUACCCCAUGCGCAGCGAUUGUGCCUUGGGUGCUGUAUCAGCCAGGCGAGUGAAUGAAAGCAGCAGAUCUAAGCCCUACUCAGCCACCUGGUUUCAGUGAUGUAAGUGGCCUUUUUAGGAACAAGUCAUGGGUCUCAGCAGCAAUCCCACCAUGGGCCGCAGUACUGCCGUUACUUUAAAGAGCAAGAACGCAGCAGGAAGCAGAGCCUCAUAGUCUGAUGGUUGGAGACCGGCCCUGCUUACCAGAGCCAGAAGCAUGAGUUGCAUGAAUGCUGCUGCCUCCCUGCUUUUCUCCUUGCUAGGCAGUCCCAACAUGCACUAUGGUUUCACCAAGCUUGAUGCCACAUUGAUUUGGGCAGACACAGCUGGCAGAGUUGGGUAGGCAGAGCCCUCAGAUGAUGUGUUCCAUCAGCAGUGCCCUGCCCUGAAACCCAGAUUUCCCCUGUGGUCAAUACAUCUUCACAUACAUACUGACAGGAGUGAAAGCAGAGAGUGAGGGAGGUGUUUAGGUCCAGCAAAGAGAUACAGUUCAUGGAUGAACCAUGUUCCCCACGUUAAUGGGGAGUAACUGAGGACAUGGCUCAGCCUUGAGGCCUUUACUGAUAUGCAUGAGUGUGCUGGCUCAUAGUAGGAACUGUGAGAGAAGCACAGGGAGUGAGCUCCCAGCUCCCAUCUGCCCCAGUCCUGUGCUAUAGGAGGAAGAACCCUCUAAUAGGUCAUUCCCAGAGUUGUAGGAAAAACCCAUCCCGAAGAAAGCUUUCAGAUUUACGUAAGGGAGUCUCCAUACUGUAUGCAAGAGCAAAAGCAUGCUUUGGAAACAGGGAUAACAUGGGCCUUCCUGGCCAAUUAAGCAGGAAAAAGCCAUCCAGGCAGCAGAUGGCCAUACUCAGGCUUUCUGCCUCCUCACAGUGUGUGCCUUCUGCACAGCUUGUUCCAAGCUGCCACCAGCCUGUGGCAGGGAUUUCUGCAGUGGGAACAAAGUCCACUCACCCAUUUUUGAGGCAGCACAACCACAGGCUCUUGCUGCCAAAUCAGUCACAUCUUUCACACUUGUUCUCAGGCAUGAAAAACUGCAGAAAGCCCACGAAAGCUCAAGAAUGAGAGCCCAGGAUGGCUUAGCAGUGCUCAUCCACACACCUGAUACCAGAUUCUUCUUCAGCCUGACAGAGGGAGGAGAAAGGCAAACUCACUAUGGCAAGUCAAGCCCUAAGAACCAGAAGGCAGCUUGGUUUUCUCAAGCUAGAUUUAGAUGUGUGAGCAAGCUCCUGUUAGCUCUUACAUGCAAAGAUGUGCCUGGUGUGGCGUUCCUUUGACCACAUGAGACAAGGUUCUUUCACCACCAACCACUGCCAUGUUAGGUAGUCUCAUCUCUGGAAAAUACAAAUAUGGCUUGCAAAGAUCUAGGUUUGCUGAGACAUGGGGCUACACUACACACAAACAUAACACAGACUGUGCAAACUGUACAAGAAAUGCAUUUCUUUUUACUAUCAUUUAGAGAUGGUUGAAAAGGAAGCACUAGAAAAAGAUCUUCAUAACGCAAUGCAAAUAAUCCGAUUGAGGUUUGUUUGGGCUCUGGCAUACAGUGGCUUUUCUGGUUUAUUUGUAUGACUUGAAACGUAAGUCUGUGAUUUAGGCUCUUAGCAUGUGCUGCACCAUCUUUCCUCCUUGGGUCUAUAUUUUCCCUUUAUUUUGCUGUUAGCCAACUGAAGCCAAGUUGGACAAAGUUACAUCAGCCUUUAAAGCACGCGGUUUAUUUGUCAGUCCCUGUGCUCUGCGAGGGUUCUGCUCACUUACAGGCGCAGAACAAGGCGCUGAGCUCCCCUGAUCUUCCCAUUUCAUCAAACACUAAAUUAACCACCGCACGGCAUAAGCAUUUGUGAUACAAUAUAUUCCAUUCAUUUUGUUCCUCCGGCCUGACCUCAUGUGCUGGCAGCCCUGACUGCUAAAGGAGUUAAGCAGCAAGUGCCUUAGCAGCAAACUAAGCAACUUGUCCCAUCCCAAAGCUCAGCAGCAUUAGCAUGACAUGGUGGAAGGUGCCAUGUUCGUUGAUCACCAAGAGAGGUGAACACUCUGUUUCCCCUUAGCACCACAGUGAUGUCCUACACAAGGACCAACUGGCAGGACCAAUCUGACCAAUCUCAGGCAAACUCUUUUAAGACAUUCUGGUUUUAAAAAUAGGACAGAAGGGAUUGGAACACUGUACCACGUCUUCCUGCUUUGUUUCUGUGCCACACUGCACCUGCUGCCCUGGGGUAGAAUGCCAUUUUGCUGAACAGAGGAGCACAGUUUAAGACGUUUUUUGCUGAGUCAGAGUGUGCUUGCUUCAUGUGCAGGAUUUAAAAGAUUAAAAAAAAAAGUCUUUAUAUUUUUGUAAAGCUAUAGAAGGUAUUUUUCUUCUCAACUCUAUGUUCCAGAUUAAACCGACGGGGAAGUUUUAGCACUUGUUGAACUAUUGGUUGAAAUAAUAAAAUAAAAUAAAGCCUAAUUGA